AUGCUAAAGAAGCUUGCGCGCGGCGCCCCGAAGCUGGGGCCUUUGCUGCGGCUGGGCCUCCGAAACCUGGCCUCCGCAGAGGCACCGGAGGUCUUAGAGGCGACGGAAACUCCAUCUCGGCCGUCUUCUGCGCCUCGCGAAGACUUGCUGCAGCAAUGGAUAUCCCCUGGCGCGACGCUGUAUGUGAACCCCAUCUGCUCGCAACUGGACCAGAUGCUCUUGAAAUGCGAGGAGAUCGAGUCCGUUCUGGCUCUGUUGGUGACGCAUCGGGGCGUCUUCUUCGUUCACAACCUGGUCACUGCUGUUCAGGUGCUUGGAUCUUUGGCUGAAGAUGCCAAGGACCCUAUGGCCGUGAACCGACUACUUAGGGAUCCGAGAUACGAUGUCCUGCUGCGUGAUCUUUUCCGUUUCGUGCCGAAGCUCGACUUCCUGGCUAUGACGAACGUGGCCUGUAGCCUCCAGCAGUUGGACCACAAGUGCGCCCGGCUUGCGAUGUCUGCGCUUGAUGCGGUGCUCAUGUGA